UUUGAUAUUAUUAUUGUGAUUUUCUGGUCUGCUUGGGUAAGCGAGACUAUAAUAAUCCGCUCGAGAAUUGCUGACCCGGAAUCGGUUGACUCUCGUCUCGACUCUCGAUGUGACUCUUCCCUUCGAUCGUUCCCUAGAACGUUCCCUAGAAUGUUCCCUUUAAGUCCAAUCAAGAAUUCGGAAAAUUCUAAAAACAUUAAUGUUAUCAAAAUUUCAAUCGUGAAAAGGGAUAAGAUUUUUCGAGAGAAAAUGGUCGUGCGGGAAAAAUGCAGCCAAGGCGGACCUUAUUUAGGGAAUGAAAUCCGAACUCGUAAAUUGGUUCAAAUUUCCGAUGCCGUGGAAGGGCUUGUUCACAAGCAGAAGACGUAAUUCAACGAUUCAAGGGAGAGCCGCUACGAUGAAGGGCCGUCGCGGUCACCGCGCGAGGAACAGCCCGUCGUCGGAACAGUUGGAGUCGCGAUAGUCGCGGUACUCGCCGAUGUUGCCAGCGGUGGCCACGACAAGUCUCGUCGCCGAGGCUGACAGCAGUAGCACGAGCCUCGGACGAUAGGCCAGGGUGCCGGGUCACCUCACUCAUCGCGCCCGAGAAUAAUGAGAAUCAACGCGACGAAGAUGAGCACUCCGAUCGAGGAGAAGAUUGAUCAGAAGCUCAAGGUACGGACGGGAAUGGUGACGGUUAGCGAUGGAAAGAGUAAACCUAUCCCGAUGCGUUUGCACUUGUCGAUGGAGGUAUUGAAACUUCAACGAGAGGAUUUGGAGCAGGCAGCGAAUCACAAUAAGCCACCUCUGGACGCCAAGGAGCGCAUGGUGCAAAUUACUAGGCAGAAGGUCGGCGGUCUGGGACUGAGCAUAAAGGGUGGAGCGGAACAUAAACUUCCAGUGCUGAUAUCGAGGAUUUAUAAAGGUCAGGCCGCCGAUCAGUGCGGCCAACUCUUUGUAGGAGACGCAAUUAUUAAAGUGAAUGGAGAAUACAUUACAGCGUGCAAUCACGACGACGCUGUUAAUAUUUUGAGGAAUGCCGGUGAUAUAGUAGUUCUAACGGUCAAACAUUAUCGAGCAGCCAAGCCAUUUCUGCAAAAAAACGAGAAGGAAGAGAAACUGGAUAAUGUUGCCAAUGGUACAGCGGAAGAUGGAUGGAUAUCACCUAAUAGGCAAGGGGGCAGUCCCAGGUGUAGCCACAGUCGACAAAGUUCGAACGCCUCUUCCAGUUCGAUGCAGUAUAAAAGAUGGGUGGACGUCAUUACGGUUCCGUUAAUGAUGGCGUACGUCACAAGAUAUAUAUUUGGCACCGACAAACUGAGAAGAAACGCGUUCGAAGUAAGAGGUCUUAAUGGGGCGCGUACGGGAGUGAUACACUGCGAUGAUAGCGCUAUUCUCAGCCAAUGGUUGAAAUACAUAACUGAUAACAUCACAGGAUUAACGCAUUUGCAGAUGAAACUGUACAAUCGUAAUUUUGGAGUCGGCGAACGUAUAGAAUAUAUGGGCUGGGUAAAUGAGGCAGUGAGCAAUAGUAAUCAACCGUGGCAGAGUUACAGACCGCGAUUUUUGGCACUAAAGGGACCGGAUCUGUUGCUGUUUGAGACACCUCCUUGUAAUAUCGGCGAUUGGUCACGCUGCGCGUUGACUUUCAAGGUAUAUCAGACCAUGUUUCGCGUGAUGCGCGAAUCCGAGAAUGUGGACGAACGGCAGCAUUGUUUCUUGGCGCAAAGCCCAGGAAAACCACCACGUUACUUGAGCGUCGAGACCAGACAAGAACUCCUACGGGUCGAGGCAGCGUGGCACACCGCCGUAUGUUCGGCUGUUACACAUUUAAAGAGCAAAACCUUUCCAGUGACCUUUAAUAGCAGAAGCGCGGGUCUAACGUUAGAAUGGACUCAAGGAUUUACGUUGUCAUACGAAGGGAUCGGUGAGAUCGCGUGGCGUUACAAGUUCUCUCAAUUGAGAGGCUCCAGCGACGACGGUAAAAGCAGGCUCAAAUUACACUUCCAAGAACCGGAUAGUAUCGCUAUUGAAACGAAGGAAUUGGAGUGUUCCCAGUUGCAAAACUUGUUAUUCUGUAUGCAUGCGUUUCUUACCGCGAAGGUAGCCGCAGUAGAUCCUACAUUUUUAACGUCGACCACUCCGUAAAGAGCUGUAAUAUAAAUGUAAUAUGAUAUAAACAUUAUUGCCGACGAGAAUCACCAAGUGAAUCACUUUUGUGUUCUGUUGUCGUUAUACGGACUAGAGAGAGAAAGAACUUGAAAUGAGCCUGAGAAUUUGCUGGAAAGGAGCAGAAAAAGGAAGCGACAGAAACUAGUCAAUAUAUCCAAAAAGUAUUUUUAUCGUUUACAUACAUAUACAGAUCACAAAGCGGUACUACUCAUCCUACCAAGCCAAUUUCACUAGAAUACAUAUGAACCUAACGGCUAUUAUAGUAUUAUACGCAUCUAGGUAUAAGAAUUUUUAAAUUUUAGAAGCGGCAGUGCGCAUUUAUGAAUGAUAGUCUGACUGCGAUUAUGUUAUCUGCUUUUGCUGUAAGUAUAUUUAUCUUUUCUCGAAUUUUUGAGAAACAUAAUAUCAUGUUUUGUGAGUAUACAUGACUAUAUAUUUAGUAUAUAGUAUAUUAUAUGCUAUUUUAAUUAUAUUUAGUAAUUUGUUCUCUCUUUCAUUUUGGAUUUUUUGAUUAUGCUUUUGUUAAUAUAGAAUGUAUAAAAAAAUUAUUGUAUUCAGUAUUAUAAAAUAAUAGCAUUGAAUUAAAAUUUAUAGAAAUCAAUAUAUGUAUGUACUCGUACAUACAUAUAUUGGGUACAUGCAGGGAGAGAAUUCCCGAUUUUUAAGUUACAAUAAUGGCGUGAAUAACGUUUUUAGUUAUAAAAAAUUUUAUUUGCAUAUUUAUAUAAAUAUGUAUUGCAUUGCGUACCAUACAUAUAUCAGGUGCCUUAAAAAACCAUGAACAAGAAGUAGCUAAAUUAAAGGAGGCAUCAAAUUUCUGUUUUUCAUCACUGAAAAGAAUCAUUACAUAUUCAUGUAUUUAAAGUAUUGAUAAAACGAGAACAACUUGCAUUUCAGUAAAGAAAUUCUAAUUUGCAAGCUUAAAGAGGUUCUUUAAAGAGUGUGAUUGAAUUGAAAAUAAAACAAUAUUCGUCCAUACGAUAAAACGUCAAAAUAACAAUUACAGCCCUAUAGCAAUAAACUGUAAUCUAUACAAUUAAAUGUGGCUCACACUCAAACAUAAUGAAUAUUGGAAUAGUUUCUUUUUUGAUGCAGUAUUAUCAAUGGGGGCAACAAGUUCUAUAAAUUAAAAGUGAAUUAAUAUUGAGCUAUUGAAAUACUUGUAAUUGUUGACUUCCCUUAUACUCGGCUAUAAUAGCUAUGUUCUAUGAAUGGUUUAACUUACGCGUUUUGCGAAAAUUCAUCUGUAUCAAUAAUUCUAAUGUGACAGAACGUCGUAUAUAUACCGAAAACUUAUUUGAUACGUAAUGAAUAUACGAAUGUCAUGUUUCAACAUAGCUUGACAGAUCUAUAAUAUCUUUAAAUAUAUAAAUUAUCUUUUUCCAAUCACUAGCUAUAGUGACAUAGACUUAAUAUUGUAUAUUAUGUGAGUAUUUUAUCGGUUUGCAAUUAUAUUUAAAGCAAUAAAUCUAUAAUGAACGAACAACUAGAGAAAAUGAUAAGCGAGUAAGAUAUAAAGCAUAUAUAUAUAUAUACAAUAAAAAACUGCAUACAUGACAAGGAAAGAGAAAUAGUGUCAUUAUCAAUAGGAUCCACAGGAAUGUUGCACGUUUUCCAAUGUACGCCUAAUCGUCCUUAAAUUUCUUACAUGUAAGACGAAUGAUCAUGUGUCAUAUCGUAGAUAAGAUGUAAAAUUAAUUUUAAUAUUGAGAGGACCGUUAUAGAUUUUAUUUUCCAUCGUGAGUUUCAAGAAUUUCCGAUUACUCGUAGAAAGUGCCUACAAAGUAACAUAAAGAAAAUAUAAAAAAAAGUUCGCUUUUCUGUUAUAUCAUAAUGAUUGAAUGUCGAUUGUACUUUUCUAGUCUAUAAAACAUCAGAAUGUUUUACGCAAUAUUUAUAAUCAAGGCACAUUUAAUAUCAUUCUUCACUUUCUUUCGAUAAUAAGAAUCUGAUAUAAUUCGGAAAGAAAACGCCGUUUUUUUUUUAUAAAUUUGUUGCACGGAUGUUUAAGAAAAAAAGUAUUCUUCUGCCCAUUUUUCCGAACAUUAUUCACAAUUGAUAUAAUGAAUAUAUCAUAGUAUUAUAAGAAUUAAACGAUAUGAUAUUCGAUCUUGAAUUUGAGCACAGAAUGAUGUAGCGACAAUUUGUAUUUUUACUAGAAAACUUAUGUCCGUUUGUUAUAAAUUUUUAUUUUUUGAUAGUAAAUAUUUUUACAUAUCUCAUUUAUGUAAGUUCAACUUAAAUUUCGAUUAAAAUUUGAAUAAUGAUUAGAGCUAAUAAUGAAAACAAUUAGGCAUAAUGGUACUAAUUCGACUUUUAUUUAGAUCCUUAACCAUAAUCAACAUUUUUCUUUAUAACUUAUUAGUACGAGAUUACUGAAGUGGAGAUUAUACUAUUGCACAAGAAAAUUUAAAGUUUCAUUUAAUUAUUUUACAAAUUUUGAUUAAAAAGGACUAGAACAAAAAUUUGAAAAAAUUAUAAAUUGAUCCGAAUCAAAGUUAAAAUUAGUACCAUGACAAUCUACACUUAUUGUUAAAUUAUAUUGUUUAUAUUGUUUUCUUACUGAGAAGUAUUUCUGUAUAUUUUAUUGUAUAGCAAACAUAUAUACUUAAUAGUUUUAAUGUCAUUUAAAUUUUUUUAAGAAAAUUAGUCAAAAUUUUUUUUUGUAACUGUUAUAUUUUUUUCUAUUAUAAGAUAAUAUUUAAUUUAAUAGAAUUUAAUUUAUAUAUAUAAGCGAUGUUUAAUUUGAUAAAAUUUUAAAAUUUGAUAUAUUGAAUAAUUAUAUUUUUUCUUCAAUAAUGUAUUAUGCUUAUUGUGUAUUAUCUGUGCUUAAAGUCAGGAGAAUUAUCAAGAACUGCACAAUUAUAGUAUAUAAGUAAGUUAGUUAAGAAAGAAUGGAAUGAAGCUGGAAAAAAUCUAAGCAAUUAGAUCUAAAUUACUUAUAGUCAUAUAUUCAUCAAAAAACUGCAGAUUGUUCUAUAUAGCGCAUUGUUGAAAAAUCUUUAACAUCAUGUGUACUUUAUUAUACUCUUUAUGAUUUCAUUCCUUUUAUAUUUGUUAGACUACAAAUUAUAUUUGAAAUUAAAUCAAGAAAAUUCGUCAAUUUAGAUCAAUGUAUGUAGGAUGGUUAUAGUUUAAUCAACCCACUAGAAUAUCUCUAAGAAACUUUACGUUAUCUUAAAAGAUGUUUCAAACAAAAGUUGUAGAGUGCAAAGGAGGCCAUCAGAUGUGGGCUCAGUUAGGCCCACGUCAAUUUUAAAUGGAAUAUUUAAUGAAAUAAUACUUAAUAAAAAAAUACUUUUUAUUAUCGUGUUUAGAAAAGCUCUCAAAAUAAGCUACACGAAUAUGUAAUAAAAUAUGGAAGUUUCUAUUUAAAAAAAUUGACUUGGACCCACAUAAAGUCCUAGCUCUAAAACUGAUAUCUCCAUCUGAUGACUCUCUUUGUAUUCUUCAACUCUUAUUUGAAACAUUUUUUUAAGAUAACGCAUUUUCUGAAAUAUUCUAGUGAAUUAAUUAAAAUGGUUCAUCCGUAUAAUCUUGGUAAAUGUCAUUAACUUUUGAGUUUAUUUUAUAUCCACGAGCUGGACAAUAUAAUUUUUUCUCUUUACUCCUUUGUGUGUGUGUGUAUGCGUGUGUGUGUUAUGUUUUUCAAAAUUCAGCUCAUUCCAUAAAUCAUACAUAGUAUAGCUAUAUACAAAGAUUAGAGAGCAUUUGCGAAUCCAGAUCCUAUAUUGUUUCAUUUGUUAGAUUUAUCUUCCCCUUUCUUUUAUUUUUCUUUGUGCAUAUUAUUUAUACAUACCAGAUAAGAAUACAAUGGAACAGUAAGCUCGCGGCGCUGGCUAAAUGUAUUAACAUCGGAAUCUUACAUUUCGCAAUAUAUAGUUUAUCUAUUAUAAUGUCUAUCCCCCAUUGACAAUAUGUUCCAAAAUAUAUCAUUGUUAGAAGUUACAAA